AGGCAGCGAGGUCCAGGAGUCUCUGGGCAACCUUGCGCCUUCCCCACGCUUUCUUCUUGUUAUUUUAUCUCAAAACCCAAAUCCAAACACGGUCAGAGACCUUCGCUGCGUUACUGCCUUCUUCGUCAAGUAAAGAGACCCAUUCUCCCUCUCACUUACAUAUACAUAUAUUAUAUUUAUAUAUAAUAUAGUCAAAGCCAACCAUAGCAAGUACAAUUUUGACCUUUUGAAGAAAUUUUUACUUCUGUUCCUCCAAAAUUUCUUAACCAAAAUCACAAAAUCCCAUUCCAAGAUCCAUUUUUUUAACAACAGGUAUGGUAUUCCCGCUUGUGAAGCUCGGGACUUUGAUCUUGAAGACUGUGAGUAAACCCAUCGCUAGCAGGAUCAAGCAGCAAGCUGGUCUGCACCCAAGUUUUCGUCAGUUAAUCAUCAAUAUGGCUCAGAAAAACCAUCAAAUCACCACACAAAUGCAAAGACGCAUCUAUGGUCAUGCAACUGAUGUUGAAAUUCGUCCACUGAAUGAGGAGAAGGCUGUACAGGCUGCUGUAGACCUUAUUGGGGAAGUCUUUGUUUUUACGGUGGCAGGAAUUGCUCUGAUCUUUGAAGUGCAAAGAAGUGCUAGAUCAGAAGCCAGGAAGGAGGAAAUACGGAAGCAAGAAUUGGAGGCAAUGAAGCAAAGAGAUGAUGAUUUGUUAAGAGAAGUGGAAAGUCUUAGGCGCAAACUUGAAGAACUCGAACAACUUUCGAAAGGACGAGGACUCGGUGGUGUUUUCCAUUUCAAGCAUGCUACUGCAGAAGCUGGAAAUUCAACAAAACCAGCCUGAUCUACUGACAACAUGUAUGAAGCAAAUUAGAGAUAAUUUUACACAGUUCUUUCUCAAUUUUAAAACUUCCUCCAAGCGAGGGAAUUUUUUCCCACCAUUCUUUUGACCACAGAGUCCCCUGUGUUACUGCUUCUUUUCACAUUUAAAUGUAUAUUGUCAAGAUUAAGGCUCUGUUUGGACAGGUGGAAAAUAAAAAAUAAAGCAGGCAAAAUUAGCAAAAGUGUUGUAAGUAGUAGUGGUCGCCCUUAGCCAGUCAUAAUCUACUUUCAAUAUUCAACACCUUUUUUUUGGGAACAAAACAACACUCUUCUGCCCCCACACACAUUUCACUCUUUCUCAAGGGCUUCUUCUAUGGUGUUAGUUAGUUACAUGUGACAAAAGCUUCUUUUUGGAGACUUGGUUGGUGGACUUUGAAAUUGGAUUAUUUCCAAUGAUCAUAUUGAUAUGGAUUUUAAUCUAAAUGCAUAAAAGUCCCAAUUUUUUUCAA